GCAGCAGAUACUGUCCUACUCAUCCUGUGGCACAGUAGUACGCUGUAGUAGCAGUUGUACCAGCGGUGGAUUCCUGCUGUGUUCUUUGCUGGCGUUCACCCCGUGCCAAUAUGUGUCUUUCCCUCCUCUACCUCCUGCCUUUGACCUCGAUAUAGAUGCUCUGUCAGAUGUCGCCACGCUUCUUCUUCCAAUCGCGCCUUCUCAAAAGACUAACACCAGUAUCAGGCGUCCCGCCUGCGCGUAAGUAUAUUGGUGUGAAACUGGUACCAAGCAAGACCCCCUGUUGUGCCACUUCCAGUGCCCUUGGGCACUGCAGGUUACUUCUUAGAGUUCAGCCUGGUGCGUGUCCAAUGCGGUAGGGUACAUACCCAGUCGCCAGCAGCCGGGGCCAGCGGGUCGAUGUGCUGAAUCAUUGAUUAUGUGCCUAUGAGGGAUACGGCAGAGAGCACGCAAGAGUCAGCCACAUUAAACAGCCCAGCAAUCAUAGGAUCUGGUGAAGGGGCAAAUACGGGGUCCGACCCAUGAACAAAUGAUAAUGCUCGGUCGCCUCAGGUGAGCUCAUCUCAAUUACCGUGAAAAAUGGGACCGGUGCCUGGGAUGACUUGUAGUUGUUGACGCUGUGCAAUGCUUUCAUUAUCGACCCAGUCUAGUGCAGCAAAUAGCAUCAUUGCAUGACUCCAUAAUGUUCGAAAUGUACAUCCGGGUACCGUCACAUGCCAAUGGUGUACUUCUCCCUCGACGGCACGCAAUCUCUUUACAGCCUUGGGACUCGACGAAACCCUUCUUACAUUCCUGGAAAGUUUCUUUGGGGGCCGCAGACGUUCCCGACUCACCUACGUUACGUGUAUGACAGACCUUUGAGCACCUGUCACCCCUUCGGGCCUCAUCCAAGGCGAUGCCUUGCCCUUAAUCGCGUGGCUGGAAACUUUGUGUUCUAUGUACAGCAGAACGUACCGUGACCUGGGGGUUAUCAGGUUGCGCUGCAGGCAAUUCCGCCGGCUGUCUCACAUGCCAGGUUUGAGCUGGCCCGCCCAAUUUCGAACCCAACGGUCUGGCUUCUUGUUGGUGAAUGGGUUGGCUCGCCGAAGUAAGACACGUGUCGGCCUUUUACCCAGGUCGCUACGAACUGUACACAAAGUGACAUAGUGUCCCCAUUUCGGAACAUCUGUUCAGGCUCGUCUGACUGGACCCUGGGCACUUCGUGUGCCCAUCAGACUGUGUCUUCCGCUGCUUUGAAAAGUCUCUGCACCGAGCUGAACGCCUUCUUUGCAAAAGGCCCCAGUUCGUCCCCAUACUUUUGUGGCCCUUUGGAAUCGAAAAUUUCUACCGACACCCAGCUCCGGAACCCUGUAUUGAAGACUGCUCUCGUGAAGUCUUCGAUAGGCAGGUAACCUCCGUCAUAGGGAAGAGGACGGUAGUCAUGGCUCCAUUGACCUCGAGGCCUCAAGCCACUCUCGUCCGGUUUGUCUGCCAAGGGUGGUUCGACUUUGUAUGCGUCAGAAAUCUGCAGGAAGAAUAUCUUCUCUGGCGGCACGGUCCUGGAGAGCUCCUCGCAACUGGUUUUCCACCUUCUGUCCAACUCGGCCUUCUCUAUACUCUCGAUCAAGCCUGAUUUGGUGGUUGGGUUGCCCCACUCGCCGCCAGCACUUUGGAACGUAUCCAGGCAUAGACCAAGGUUCGGCCGGUUGGCUCUCUUGACAAUUUCCCAGACGUCUUUCCAUGAGGCAGCAUAGGUGGCCCAGCACCAGUUUUCGUAUGCAAUCUUGAACCCCUUUUCCGCGAAGAUAUCUGCCAGCUCGGCCAGGUCAGAAGCCAUAACAUCGAAACUGGAAGAUAUCUCUUCGGCAUCAGAUGAUCCAAUCUAUUGUUUGCCGUCAGCAUAUUGGUUUUCGCUUCCCUCCCACAACAUUGGGUCCUACGCGAGUCAUGACUGUCACUUACCUGAAGCAUAUCUGUUCCAACGGCCUCCAUGAUUGACAUCCAGCCCCUGGCUCUUUCAAAUGCGUCCUUUCUCUCAUCGCUUCCUUUCGGCCAGCCCUCAAAGUUGGCAAAAGGUUGCAAAAUCAAGAUUUUAAGGCCAUGUUCUUGGCAGAGUUUUCGUAUCUCUCGGCCCACGGACUGGAGUGUUUCGUAGUCCUUCGGAUCGAUUUCUGACUUGGUUUCCGAAAUCUGUUGACCAUAGGUCAAGAUAUCGGGCAUGGAAAGUUCGAUGGCGUCGAAUCCUGCAUCAGCGAUGGCUUUGAGCUUCGCCGGGAGGGUGUGCUUGGAAUCAUUAUGGCCUAUUGAACAUGAGGCAUAGCACACUGGAAUCUUUUCUCCCUUGAACUCCGCCAUCUUCUUGGGGCAAGAGCGGCUGCUGUUGAAUAGGAUACGCGCUGCGACAAUCCGAAUAUUGAUGUCUUCGUUAUGGUUUCAUCGAAGGGACCGUCAACUUCAAGUUGAAAUGCAACGUUGUACUAGGUAUUUUACUGCACUGGUCUGAUCGGAUGUCUGAUGUCGUCGCCGCUUGACGUGGAAUCUUCUCUCCACAUGCUUUGCGCUGUUUCCAGAUACGGAAUGACGUCAUGCCGGCGUCAACACCGGAAUAGAAAGUGCAACUUGAAGGCAAGAGCCAACGGCAAUUCAAGAUGCAAAGGAUGGAGCACAUCUUGAAGUCAAGCGCGACCCGUCCAACGGCGGAUCUGCGGACCAUGUACUGUACGGCCCAUAGUACUACUUCAUACUGACGCAGUCAUUCGGAUAUCGACCUCCGAUAGAAUCUGAUUACCACUAACUUUCAAGUCGAUACAGUCUUGAGGAGAUAGACUUGAAUCAUCCAAGUCCAUACUGCAGUGCUUGAAAGUGUCGUGCCUCUCCAGUUUUUCACCACUACAUUGACCUUCAGAACCGCAGCAUAAAAGACUAGGACCAACAAUAUAUCAACCGCCAAAAUGGGUGAAGACAGCGGCCCCGAAUUCAAAAAGCUUGGCAUGGUUGGGGUGGGCAGCAUGGGAGGCAUGAUGUCUCUCCUAUAUGCCGAGCACGGAGUUGAGGUUCAUUAUUAUGACCCGAAGGAAGAGAAUACCCAAAAGCUAGAGGAGGAGGCAAAGGCUAUCCAUCUUGAACAUCGUGUCGUCAAGCAGAAAGACUAUAAAGACCUCUCUGAGAGUCUGUCUUCACCCGGAGAACCCAAACUCUUUGUUUUCAGUACCCCACAUGGCUCGGUAGGCGAUAAGAUCGUCGAGGGCCUUCGCCCGUACUUGAACAAGGGCGAUAUCAUCCUUGAUUGCGCCAAUGAGCACUGGGAGAACACUGAACGACGGCAGAAACAACUGGAACCGGACGGCAUCCACUACAUCGGCUGUGGUGUAAGCGGAGGAUACCAGAGCGCCCGAUCCGGCCCGUCGAUGUCACCUGGAGGCAACUUUGAAGCAUUGAAGAAAGUCCUACCGUUCUUGCAACGAGUUGCGGCGAAGGACAGGGAAGGACGGCCGUGUGUCACGGCGAUCGGCCCUGGUGGAAGUGGCCAUUACGUGAAAAUGGUCCAUAACGGAAUCGAACAGGGCAUGAUGUCGGCCAUUGCAGAGGUUUGGUUCAUCAUGAACCAUUGCCUGAAAAUGAAGUACGAGUGGGUUGCGGAUGUGUUCGAGUCGUGGAACAAGGACGGCCCACUGCGAGACAACUUUCUCGUCUCCAUCGGAGUCGACAUCAAUCGCACCAAAGAUAAGGAUGGAAACGUUGUUCUCGCCAAUGUUCUGGACAAAGUUGUCCAAGAUGUCGACAACUCGGAAGGAACAGGAGUGUGGACCUGCGAAGAGACCAUCCGUCUCCAUGUACCAUCGCCGACCAUUGUUUCCGCCCAUCUUUUCCGCCUUGCAUCAGCCGAUGCGGCGCGGCGGCUUGCAGUGAACAAGUCCUUCAACGGCGGGGUUGAGCCAGGAGUAAUCAAGCUGGAAGUGCCGCAUGAAAAAGCCAUGCCCUCAUUCCUCGAGGAUCUGAGACUGGCGCUGUACGCGGCAUUCUUGUGCUCGUUCGUGCAAGGCCUACAAGUGAUCAAGGCUAUGGACCGCGAGAAGGGCUGGAACCUCGACUAUCGUGCCACCCUGCAGAUCUGGCGUAGUGGCUGUAUCAUCACGAGCGACUACAUCGCGGAUCUGUUGGACUCGGUUCUUGCGCGGCCUGAUCACGACGACGACAACCUGCUGGCCAACAAAGAGCUCGGCGACGAGUUGACCAGAUGCUUUCCGGCGUUGAAGAAUGUCGUUAUCAAGAGUUUGGAAGCAGACGCAUACAUCCCCUCGUUGAGUGCCACGCUCGAAUACCUCAAAUACUCCGGGUCGACUGAGCUGCCCACGCAAUUCAUGGAGGCAGAGCUCGAUUACUUUGGAGAGCAUAACUUUGAUCUCAAGUCCGAAGGGCCUGGCGAGCCAGUCAAGGGUAAGCAUCAUUAUGAAUGGAAGCCGGCCAAGGGCAUCGCCGACAAAAGGCAACCAAACAAAUUAUGAGACGAUGAAUUAUGAGCGUUGGUUAACCUCAACUUGAGUUGGCCGUGUCCAACGGCAAGUCCUUUGUUGGACUAUGGUAUAUAAUACAAGGUUUCAAAUUUGAUCCGUCUACACGCUUUCGUCUAUUUGGUUUUAAGCUGAGAACGAUAGGAAUCAUAGAGCUUCUACGCUCUACAUACACCAACAGCACAAACAUGUCCCUAUACAAUAAAAAGUCAUCACCACCAACAUUGGAUCAUGGCGUCUGGCGGCUAGGGUCCCCUAGGUUAAUGUCAUGCGACGGUAUAAGAAACGCGACUCGUGCCUUUAUUCCGACUGAUUUUCUUAACACCGACCUUUCCACACAAAUCAGUAGAAUCGACAUGAGUCCCACCACAAGGAUAGACCUCUGCACCCACGAUCUUGACGACGCGAUACUUUUCGCCGGGCGCAAGUCUGAGGCCGCCGGCCUCUGGAGAAGGGAUCAAGCGUUCCAAUCCCCGAUCACGGAAAUCUUCUUCGGUCCAAAAGUCCACUUGGACAGGCAAUGCGCGCGCAACGUACUCGUCGACACGGGUCUGGAUGUCGGCUUUCCAUUUCCCCUCGAUCAGACCCUUGAACUCGCAGGCUGCGCUGUCGGGAAAGUGGCUGGCUUUGAGUUCGUCGAAGUCGGCGAUAUGCGGUUCCAACAGGUGGCGGACUGCUGCGCCUAGGACGUGCCCUGCCGUGUGGAGACGGGAGUAGAGGAUGCGUUUGUCGAUGUCGAGGUGUUGUGUGAUGGUUUGGCCGGUGGUGAAAAGUGAUGAUGGAGGAGGAGAAGUGGUGGCGGUGUUAUUGUUGGUGGUGGUGUUGUUGUUGUCGUUGUCAAAACGCCCAAGAUGCAAUACCUGUCCAUCGUGCACGCAGUCCAUGCGCACUGCUGAUACGCAAAACGUCGUUUUGUCGUCGAGGGACUUCAUUGUUCCCGUAUCCGAGGGUUGCCCGCCGCCCUGGGGGUGGAAGAUGGUUUCUCGCGUCAUCACGACAUAGUCGGCUUCUGUGGUGGAAGUUUUGAAAAGUUGUUGGUUCGCUUCGAUGAGGGACUUGAAGGGUGUUAUGGACACCACGGUGGUGGGGAGGGCGUAGAGUUUGGCAUCGUGCUGGAAAGCCAGGACGGUUCGGGGAAUUUGGGUUCGUGUUGACAUUUUCUUCUCGAGUCUGAGGUUUAUUCGCUUCUUUCUUGCCGGGUCCUUCGUGACAGAAGUCGGCUAGGGUAGGAACUCGAGUGAUUCAGGUUGAUUCUUCUUGGGCAAAAUCGUCAAGAUUGAAUUGAUUGGAUAUCAUCCUCAUGAUAGGUGGGCAUGUUUUAAAUGUCUUUCGUUUCCAAGGCGGACAGUCUGCACCGACCGGACUUACUUUAUAGAAAGAGACUUUUGCUGAAAAUACAUACUGUACACUGCCGGUUCUACCACCAAGGAUUAUGCGUGUACAACGUUG